CCCUGGCCUGGGAACCUCCCUGUGCAGUGGGCGUGGCCCUAAAAAGACCAAACAAAGAGAGCGCGUUAGGUCAUCCCCCUCACUGAGGCUGCGCCUUGGAAAUUAGGGUCUUGUGUGCUUUCCUGGGCCUUUCUCACUAGGCUUUAGGCUCGUGUUGUGGUCCCUGGGGGACGAGUAGCUGACGGCCAGUGUCUCUUGACAGUGGCCUUCUUGAGGCGGUGGCUAAGGUUGAUUGCUGAUGGGGGUUCCUGGUGACAGGUCGCUAGCCCCUGUGACUUGCGGCUUCAUAGAUCCCCUUAAGCCGGGUCCAUCUGGAGCCGGAGUCCCCUUUGUUACCUAGAGAGGAGGUCACUGAGGUCAGUGCCGCGUCCGCAGCUGCGGGGCCUGCUCGCCUGGCGGGGCAGGGAACCCAGGCUGUGUGCGUGGACAGGGAGGCGGCGCCGCGGCAGCGUGAAUGCGCACAGACCGAGCCGUGGUGCUUGGGAAGCCCUGGGCGUGUUAGCUCUGCACUGGUGCAGCUGCCUCGUGGGACAGAAGAGUCAUCCUCUUCCUUCUUCUGGCUGCCCCCACCGGCCGGCGUGGGGACGCUCCCGGCCAGGGAUCAAGUCCGAGCCGCAGCUGCUGCCUGCCCCGCUGCUGCGCUGACGCCGCGUCCUUAACUGGCUGCGGCACAGCGAGUAGAAGAGCCGUCGUCUCUUUUAAGCCGUCUGUUUUACUGUUUUCCUUUAAUUUAUUUUGAGUGAGAAUCUUAGACAGAGCGUCGCGGCAGAAUUUACCUUUAAACACGUUUAGUUUUGCUCAGAAGAGUUAAAAAACAGUAGCCCCAGUGGCCGUAUCCCUCGCUCAGCGCCGCACGGGCAGGAAGCGGGAGCUCACGCGCAGACCCACAGACAGGGAGGGGGGGCCCCCCCCACCCCCGGUGACACGUUGCCACAUCUCCCCCGGUCCGCACAUGACUUUGCGUGUCUCUGACCAGACACACGUCUUAAUCGGGUCUGGCUGCCGUGCUCUGCUGAUCCCGGGAGCCACGUCCUGGCCUCGCAGAGGGUGGACCAGGGUCCCCUCUCCUGCUGCUUCGCCCUGGUUGGGAUUUUUCCUUAGUUUGAAGAGUGGGCAGUGCAUCCAUAAAGUUGAGAAGGCUGAGUCGUAAAAAGGUGUGAGUGACGUACCCAACCCCACCCGAUGCCCGGGGUACUGUCCUUGGAAAGAGGCUGAGGCGCCGCCAGCACAGCCCCUGUGGCCCCGUUUUGGCACAAGGGUGGCCACGCGUGCUCCCACUUCUGUGGCGUGGUUUCAGCUGCCUGGUGUGCCGGAAUGAACCCGCGUGAGGACGCACGUGCUCCCUGGCUUCCUUGCUGCCUCCAUCCUCUGCUCUCCGUUCCCAGAGGGUCGGGAUGGACAGAUGAAUGCAGGUGCUUCCUGGGAAGGGAUAGUGACGCACUUGGUGCUCACUGUGACUUGUAAAGAGGAAACCGUGCAGCCAAGUCCACCUCCACGAGGCAGAGUCAAGUGUCAGCUUCUCCCCUUCUCCCUUCCUGGUGCUCAGAGGCCUCCGGGGUCAGGCCCUGCCCUGCUUCUGUGUUCGGGGCCUCUAAGCCCCACCCUGCGCAGGCCCCCUGGAGGGAAGAGGCCGCCGAGGUCGCCGGCGAAGCCCGGGCUGGUCACUCUGCCACGAAUCCUUCCCUCCCCGCAGUGCCCAGCUUGUCAGCACGUUCAGCCCGAGGGGACUGGCUGGGUUCCCGUGUGGCCUUCGAAGGGUGCAGAGACCACCCCGAUCUCAGUCAGGGGAAGACAUGGCUGCUCACGUGGGCGCUUCCCGGACCCCCCAGGAAGUGAUGGAGCAUUACACAUCUCGGUGGCCGAGCAGCAGCAGCUGGGCUACAUGCCGCUGCGGGACGACUAUGAGAUCGAGUACGACCAGGACGCCGAGACGCUCAUCAGCGGGCUCUCGGUCAACUACGAUGACGACGACGUGGAGAUCGAGCUGAAGCGCGCGCACGUGGACAUGUACGUGCGGAAGCUCAAGGAGCGGCAGCGGCGCAAGAACAUCGCGCGCGACUACAACCUGGUGCCGGCCUUCCUGGGCAAGGACAAGAAGGAGAAGGAGAAGGCGGCCAAGCGCAAGGUCACCAAGGAGGAGAAGGAGCUGCGGCUGAAGCUGCGGCCGCUCUACCAGUUCAUGUCCUGCAAGGAGUUCGACGACCUGUUUGAGAACAUGCACAAGGAGAAGAUGCUGCGCGCCAAGAUCCGCGAGCUGCAGCGCUACCGGCGCAACGGCAUCACCAAGAUGGAGGAGUCGGCCGAGUACGAGGCGGCCCGGCACAAGCGGGAGAAGCGGAAGGAGAACCGGAGCACGGGCGGCUCCAAGAGGGGCAAGGAGGACGGCAAGGACGGCGAGUUCGCCGCCAUCGAGCACCUGCCGGGCUUCGAGCUCCUGUCGGACCGCGAGAAGGUGCUCUGCAGCUCCCUGAACCUGAGCCCGGCGCGCUACGUGACGGUGAAGACCAUCAUCAUCAAGGACCACCUCCAGAAGCGGCAGGGCGUCCCGGCCAAGAGCCGCCUGCCCGGCUACCUGGACAAGGUCCUCAAGAAGCGCAUCCUCAACUUCCUCACCGAGAGCGGCUGGAUAUCCAGGGACGCCUCCUGAAGCGCAGCCCCGCUGUGCCGGUGGGACCAGGCGAAGAGCUCGUGAGCCAGACGACGGGGGCGGGGCGGGGGGGGGGGGAGCGCUCUGGUCCCCGUCGUCGCUCUUUUCAAACAGAUUGCGUGUUCGGGGCGUCAGUUCUUUGUGUGGUCCUGAGGCAGCAAGAGUCACAGGCUGACGUGGGAUGGCGGGGGAGCCAGCCCCCUGCUGAACCUAGUCCUAAAAGGAAGCCCCCAAGAGGGCGCUGUGCCGCCUCGCCUUCGGUUUGAGGACCGUGAUGACACUGGCGAAUUUUCUUUGCGACUCUCUUCCCUCGGGUACCCGCAGUUGUGCUGCGGGAGGAGGGGCACCUCUCCUUGUCGGCCCGCCAGCUGCCAGCUUCGCCUGUGACCUGAGCUUGGGCCGCGCCUCCUGCCGCCCAGGCACCUGGCACAGCCCCGCACGUGGCACUUUAGGUGGGGGCGGGGCCGGGCCGGGCCGCUGGACGUGAGGCUGAGGACGGGGCCCCAGAGGAGGGAGCCGGUGUGGAACCCAGGGGACGGAUGAGCUUCCCCUCAAACCACUGGCGGGGGUGGUUGCAGCCUGAAGCUCCCCGGCUCGCUUCCUGGGGGGCAGAGCUGGCGGGCUCGCUGUGGGAGUGGUGAGUCUGGGUGCUUUGGGGGAGGGGGGGACCAGCCGCCUCUCCUGGGGGUGCUUUCUGCUACUCUUAGAACCUGCAGUGCAUUUUAUUUGCAUUUUACUUUCUCAUUUUAGCAAGUUCAAGGCUGAGAGUUCCGGGUUCUGGCAUGAGCUCCCUCCAAGGUUUUCGCCCCAGGGGCACUUAGCUCUUUCACCGAGAGUCCGGCCCAGGGCCCAGUGUCUUCGGCUUCUUUGGGCGGGGGGUGGGGUGGGAGGGGCCUCGAGGCCUGGGCUCUGCUCGUCUGAGUCUGCAUCUUGAACCAGACUCGGAGUGGCUUUGCCCAGGCCUCUUCAGAAAGGUAUUCAAGGAAUCUGCACGGUACCUUCCUUCUAGAACUGGAGGAGUCUUUUUGUCUUCAGACUGCUCAAGGCUAAAACCCUGCUUUAAGACCCAGCACUCCACCCAUCCCUCCCAGAGCUCAGCCUGCCUCCUCCCUCCCCCAGAGCCACCCAGACUGCUCACCUCCCAGAAGGUUUGGGCUUGAAGUUACAUUAAAGUGAAGUUAUUUGAAAGAAAAAGAAACCUCAUCAUUUCCAAGGACGACUUAAUUACCGUGCCUUUUCCUUUCUUUUGACGUCCUUCUGUCCCUUAGGGUAAGUUUUCCACCAUUCAACAAACAUUUCAAAUGCGCUGUAUAUGGCUUGAGUGGGAAACUACAUUGCAUGCUGGCGGAGGAGGGCUCCCUGGGACCCAGAGAGCCCGGGACUCCUCUGACCAGAGGAAACAGCAAACGGCGUUACUGCUGGGCGCCACCUCCACUGUCCCUGCAGGGUAACUGGCAGAGCUGGUACUGCCCACCGCCGCCGAGCAGAGAUGGAGACGGUGCUAAGUUUUUACAGGUGUUUCAGCCAGUGGUUCUCCCCUGGGGUUUGGCAGCAUCCGUGUCCCCAGGGAACCUACUACAAGUGCAGGCACUCAGGUCCUGCUCGGUCCCCCUGGGUCCGAAGCUCCAGCGCUGGGGCACGCGUACAGCUGUUUGACAAGCCUUCCAGGUAGAGUUGGAGAACCACUGGCUUGAGCUACUCUGGUGUCUUCAUUGAUUUUCUACAGCAGAUUCCUAGUUUGGUGAGGUUUUAAAUUUAGUUUUAUUUUUAUAUAAAACAAUGGCCAGACUUUCAUUAAGCUUGAGAAGCAAAAGCUCCCUGUAAAUGUGCGUGGCCCUGGCCGAGAACUGUCAAAUGAAAAAAAUUGGAAGUUUAAGCAGGUUUUCAGUGUGCAUAUCUUUUUGAUGGUAUGAAGAAUUUACUUAGGCCUGACUGUUUUUAAACACCAUGAUGAAUGUAUAAUUUAUGUUAAAGUAUUAACACUUCUGUUACAAGGGAAAAAACUUUAUGAUUGCUGUCACAUUAGUCCUUACCCUCCUGUUAGCUUGGAACCUUUAAAUUUCUAUAUUUAAUUCUCAUGUUAAAUUAGUCUCCAUAAUCCCAUGAAAUUAGGUAUUUUCGAAAUUUAAACUCUUUGAGUCAAAAGUUAGAUAAUUCAGCUGUUCAGAAUAACACUCUGGAUGGCCAGCAUUCUGAGAAUGUAUUAAAACCAAACCUCCGCCUACGGUUAUUUCUCUUUUACACAUUAAACAGGUUGAGAACCAAA